CCCAUGCAUCGCGGACUCGAGGUCUCGAUCUGACCCUCCUCCAGCGGGAAAUCCUUUAUUGCCAGUCACCCCAUUUGCUGUUUACGGGUACUCCUUUAUUCCCAUGCAGGGGAGUCUCUGUUGUGAUACCAGGGCAACCGAGCUGCCGGGUCAUGUCCCCCAUGUCGCGUAGGGACUAGGGGAUUCAGGGAGCUGCCCGUUACGACGUAGGUCGAGGAGCCAAGCAUCAUGAUGUUUACCCGCCGCCCCUCAUCUUGGAAUAUCCGGAACGACCCUGGCUCCCCCCGCCCUGGGAGAUUGGGGUAGACCAUGGAGACUGGAGACGGUGACGGUGACAUUGUAGGGUUACAGGGUGUAUAAAUAGCAGAUCGGCGAACCAGUCCCGUCCCACGGUGCUGUAAUUGGAGCUCAUUCAAAUCUUUGAGUCGGUUCCUCUUCCUCAUCUCACACUCGUUUGUCUCACGCCAUCAUGCGUUUCUCAUCUGUCCCCUCGGUCCUGCUGGCGGCAUCGCUGCCGCUGGCGUCUGCCCAGCUCAACCACCACGCGAAGAAGGCCGGGCUCAAGUACUUUGGCGCCGCAACCGACUCCCCCGGGCAGCGCGAGCGUUCUGGUUAUGAGGCCGAGUAUGCCCAGUACGAUGCCAUCAUGAGGGACACGAAGGAGUUCGGGCAGACAACUCCCACCAACGGCAUGAAGUGGCUGUUCACUGAGCCCCAACAGGGUGUCUUCAACUUCACCGAGGGCGAGAUCGUCGCCUCGAUCGCCGAGGAGAACGGCCAGAUGCUCCGGUGCCACGCCCUUGUCUGGCACAGCCAGCUGGCGCCGUGGGUCGAGCAGAAGAAGGACUGGACGGCGGAUACCCUCCGUGACGCCAUAACCGAGCACAUCACCCAGGUCGCGGGCCACUGGAAGGGAAGAUGUUACGCCUGGGACGUUGUCAACGAGGCGCUCGAGGAGGACGGCAGCUACCGCAGCUCCGUCUUCUACGACACCCUCGGCGAGGAUUUCAUCAAGCACGCGUUCAAGGUCGCGUCCGAGGUCGACCCCGACGCCAAGCUGUACUACAACGACUACAACCUCGAGUCCCCCGGCGCCAAGAGCGAGGGCGCGAGGAGGAUCGUGCAGAUGCUCCAGGCUGAGGGCAUCCGCAUCGACGGCAUCGGCAUGCAGGCCCACCUCAUCGCCCACCAGGCGCCGACCCUCGACCAGCACAUCGCCGUCAUCAAGUCGUACGCCGAGCUCGGCGUCGAGGUUGCGCUCACCGAGCUGGACGUCAGACUGCAGCUGCCCGUCAACGCCACCAACCUGGCUUGGCAGAAGGAGGCGUACAAGAACAUCGUCGGAGCCUGCGUCCAGGUCGAUGCCUGCAUCGGCGUUACGAUCUGGGACUUCUAUGACCCCUUCAGCUGGGUUCCCGCCGUCUUCCCCGGCGAGGGUGCCCCUCUGCUCUGGUUCGAGGACUUCACAACCCAUCCCGCCUACGAUGGUGUCAUGGAGGCGCUGAUGAACAACACCUGCAAGCGCAAGGCCCGCCGGUCGGUCGGUGCUGGCGCGAGCAAGAAGCUGAACUGAGCUGCUGCCGCCGGCUGGAUGACAUGGAAGGUUAUAUAAGAUGACUUAUUGUAUGUAAUGUAGUGCCAACUGACAGAGUCGUUCCCGAUAUUUUGACGGA